CGUCAUUAACCUGACUUAACUAUGGUUUUCACACUGUCCAAAUUACCAGAGUUUUGUCCCUCGUGAUGGAAAAGCGUGUGGGAGUUUCAAUCUAAUUAACCCUCGUUCACUAUUUAAGGAGCCGACAAACCGUCAGACAGACACUCCACCACUAACCCCGACCAAAUCAUAUCAUAGUCCAUGAACAAAACCUUACAAACAUCCUUCUACCAAUGUCUCAUAAUUAUUUCUCUCUUUCCUUUCUCUUCCUGUUCCUUCUCCUUGCUACUCAACCAUGUCACCGGAUACUAACAGAGGCUGCCGGUGGUGGCCGGUGGCAACUCUUGCAAAAAAGCAUUGGCAUAACAGCUAUGCACAUGCAGCUCCUCAACAAUGACCGUGUCGUAAUCUUUGAUCGGACCGACUUUGGUAUCUCAAAUCUGUCAUUACCGGAAGGGCAAUGCCGGGAUGAUCCAAAUGAACUGGUGAUCAAAACUGACUGCACAGCCCACUCCGCGGAGUACGAUGCUUUGACCAAUAAAUUUCGGCCUCUUAGGGUUCUAACAAACGUUUGGUGCUCUUCAGGUGCUGUCACGCCCGAUGGCCGUCUGAUCCAAACCGGUGGAUUCAAUGACGGUGAACGUCAGGUCAGGGUUUUCUCGCCAUGCAGUAGUACUAACUGUGAUUGGCAAGAAGUUGGAAAUGGACUUAAAGCAAGAAGGUGGUACGCUACUAAUCAUAUAUUACCAGAAGGUAAUCAAGUCAUUAUUGGAGGUAGAAGGCAAUUUAGUUACGAAUUUUAUCCUAAAACUGGGGCUGCAGAUUUGUAUAGUUUGCCAUUUCUUGUCCAAACUGAUGAUCGUAACAUUGAGAAUAACCUUUACCCAUUUGUUUUUCUUAAUGUUGACGGGAAUUUGUUCAUUUUUGCAAAUAAUCGAGCUAUAUUGUUUGAUUAUAAGCUUGGUAAGGUAGUCAAGACUUACCCAGAAAUUCCUGGCGGUGAUCCACGGAGCUAUCCAAGCACAGGCUCUGCGGUUUUGCUUCCGUUGAAGAAGUUACAAGCAACGAAUAUUGAAGCUGAAGUUUUGGUUUGUGGAGGCGCACCAAAAGGUUCUUAUGUUCAGGCUAAAAAAGGUAACUUUGUUAAAGCAUUAGAUACUUGCGGUCGGAUCAAGAUAACCGACCCGAAUCCAAAAUGGACUAUGGAGAAUAUGCCCCAUUCUAGAGUUAUGGGUGACAUGAUAUUACUUCCAAACGGCAACGUUUUGAUCAUAAACGGCGCCAGCGCUGGCACUGCUGGAUGGGAAUUUGGGCGGAAUCCAGUCUUGAAUCCGGUCUUAUACAACCCGGAUAAGGCAAUCGGGUCAAGAUUUGAGUCCCUAAAUCCCACCACAAUACCAAGAAUGUACCAUUCAACUGCAAUUUUGCUCAGAGAUGGACGGGUUCUUGUUGGUGGAAGCAAUCCUCACAUAUAUUACAACUUCACAGGAGUUCUAUUCCCCACUGAAUUAAGCUUAGAGGCAUUUUAUCCUCCAUAUCUGGAUUCGCAAAAUAAUAAUUUGAGGUUAACAAUCGUGUCUCCAGCAUCCAAAGCUAAGAUUGGCUAUGCACAAAAAUUACUUGUACGUUUCAAGGUUGCUGGCAGGCUAGAUACGAACACGGUAUCGGUUACCAUGAUAGCACCUUCAUUUACUACACAUUCUUUCUCUAUGAAUCAGAGAUUGUUGGUCCUUGAGAACGAGAAGGUUACAAAUGUAGGAACAGCGACGUAUAACGUUGAAGUUACGGCUCCGCGUUCCCCUAAUAUUGCACCGCCGGGAUAUUAUCUGUUAUAUGUGGUUCAUCAAGAUAUUCCCAGCGAGGGCAUAUGGGUCCAAAUCGUUUGACAAUAUAUUUGGGUGUUUCUGUUAUAAUACUACAGUUUUCCUGUACGCUUAUUUGAAGCAAAGGUUUCUAGAAAAUUACUAAUGGUAAUUGUAAUUAGAUAGGGUUAAGUAUAUAUCCUCUGUGCCAUCCAAGCAUUAGUUGUGCUUAUUCAGUUAAUUUAUUGAAAUGAUAAUGAAAUAUUUAUUUUAUUAUUAUUA